AUGAAAGGCAUCACACUCAAGGUCCCCAGCCCGGUCACCUUUGCACGUGACCGGGUAGUCAAGCUGGUACUCUUUGCGGACAAACUGUUCAUGGACCUGUUCCUCGGCAUCUGCGGCUCGAUUUUCAUCUCGGCCUUUUCGCAGGUGGGCAAGUUUACCGAGACGGACAAGUGGUUCAUUCCACUGACGAUCCUGCUGUGGCUGUAUGUGGGCAACCAGCGGCGGACGGCCGCGACGCUGUUCAACCCGUUUGUGUCAACAUUUUCCAUUGCGGCAAGAGCACGCGAGGGAUCCUGGGCGGCGCAAACGCCUCUGGUGGGUGGGAUCGGUGGUGGGAGUGCGGAGGAAGGUAGUGGGACCGGGGGCGGCGAGCACCCGCAUGCUAUGGAGUACCUUCUUGUCUCGACGGCGCCUCAGGCUUCGUUCGCCUCGCGGGUUCUUGACGUCGGCGUCCAGCUCGGCUACAUCGUGCUGUAUGUGGCGCUCACGCCGCGCAACACCCACUCGGUCCUCAUCUCGUACUACUACUUUAUGAUUGCUUUUGUCACCAUCCGCCUGCCGAUCCUCUUUAUCAAGCUCAUCAACACUUUCCGUGAGCGCAAGGCGUCGAGCCCUGUGUAG